AUGCUUUCCGCGACUGUUGCACGACGGAACUUAGUCGCGAGGAGAAGAAUACAAGGAGAGAUUACGUUCAGCGCAAUACGAACGACGGUUUUAUCUUCUUCUUUUUCUUCUUUUUUAGAGAUCGUCGACAACAACAACAACGUCGAGAGCAGCAGCAGCGGUAGUCGUAGGAGUAAAAAAUCUAGUUGGAGGAGCACCUUUGGUAAUAACGAAAGCAGUACAAGCAGCAGUUCUUCUUCUUCUUCCGGCGUUGGAAGACCAGGAGCAGGAGGACGUUACGAUCAUCAUCAGUAUCAUCGUCAUCAUCGGAGCCACUUUUUUUCAACGACAUCAACAACUGCGAAGGAGGAUUUGGAGGAGAAGAAGGCUGCUUUUGAUGGGCUCAAGGCACAAAUCGAGUCACAAAUCCCAAGCGAAAUAGCGCGCUUAAAAGCGUUGAAAACGAAAUACGGGCAGGAAAAAGUCGGCGAGGUGACCGUGAACAUGCUCAUGGGUGGCAUGAGAGGGAUCGUCGGGAUGCUCUACGAGACUUCUCUGUUAGACGCGAACGACGGGAUUCGUUUCCGAGGGUUGACUAUUCCCGAGUUGCAAGAAAAGUUACCGGGGAAGCGAGAUCGAGAGCCGAUACCGGAGGCGCUUUUGUUCUUAUUGCUGACGAAUAAAGUCCCCACGGAGAAAGAGGUGGAAGCGCUGAGAGCUGAUUUAAUGGAAAGAGCGGAAAAGUUCGCGAAGGAAUGCGCGAUGAACGAUGCUGGGAAUAAGAGUAAAAAAAAUGUCUUUGACGCGUUGCGAGCGCUUCCGGAGGAGACGCACCCGAUGACGCAACUCUCCGCGGCGUGUUUGGCCAUGCAAAACGAUUCAAAAUUCUUGAAAAUGUACGCCAGUGGGACGAUGAAGAAAACGGAGUAUUGGAAGUACAUAUACGAGGACGCUUUAGAUCUGAUCGCAAAGUUACCGGUCGUUGCGGCGUAUAUUUAUAAAAGGUCGUGCGUGAAAGAAGCGGCGAGGAAAUCGAGCGAGGUUCCAACCGUAGAUGCGAGUUUGGAUCUCGCCGCGAAUUUCAGUCAAAUGAUGGGUUUCUCUUCCAACGAAUGUAAAGAGCUCAUGCGUUUGUAUUUGACCAUUCAUGCCGAUCACGAAGGCGGGAACGUCUCCGCGCACGCCACUCACUUAGUCGGUUCGGCGUUGUCCGAUCCGUACUUGAGUUUUUCAGCAGGUUUGAACGGUUUAGCCGGCCCGUUGCACGGCUUGGCGAACCAAGAAGUUUUAAAAUGGUUGAAAGAGGCGCAAGUAGCGUUAAAAGGCGAUUAUUCCGCGGAAACUGUAAAAACUUUCGUGGAAAACACGUUAAAAUCCGGUCGCGUCGUCCCGGGCUACGGCCACGCCGUCUUGCGACGAACCGAUCCUCGCUACGAGUGUCAAAGAGAGUUCGCCUUAAAGCACAUGCCAGACGACGAAAUGUUUCAACUCGUCUCCCGCUUAUACGAAAUAGUUCCAGACGUUCUCAAAGCGACUGGAAAAGUCCAAAACCCGUGGCCGAACGUGGACGCGCACAGCGGCGUUUUGCUCCAACACUUUGGCAUCAAAGAGGAGAACUUUUACACCGUCAUGUUCGGCGUCUCGAGAUCGAUCGGGUGUUUGAGUCAGUUGAUCCUCUCGAGAGCGCACGGGUACGCCAUAGAGAGGCCAAAAUCAGUCACCAGUAAGUGGUUAGAGGAGAAGUUUCAAUAA